ACUAGAUUUAAGUACUGCAUCCUUAUUGCUUUCAUACGACUGUUUAUAGACAAUGGGUGCUAACUCAUAUCUUUUUCAGCCACGAUUAACUUUGUAUAAAAGGAACGAGAUGCUAAUACACAAACCACAAGCUAAUCCAUACCAUCUUGAAUUGCCAAAAAUCUAGCGAUUCCUACGAAAAUGAUGAAUUUGAUUGUUGUCGCUGCCCUCUUGGCCUGUACAUCUGCUACAUUCUACAAAGGAAAUUUUGGACCGCAGUCUAGGUAUCAGAGAUUCGAAGGGUAUGGACCAAUGAACUCCAACUUUGGCAUGAUGGGAUAUGGAAACCAGUACGACAUGUUCAAUGGUGGAUAUCUAAAUGGCGGCGUUGGUGGAUUUCAGAACCGCGGGUUAAAUAGUGGAUAUCAGAAAGGUGGAAUCGGAGGAUAUUUCAAAGGUGGAAUGGGAGGACAAUUUAAUGGUGGAAAUAUCGGAUAUCAAAAAGGUGGAAUGGAAGGACAAUUUAAUGGCGGAAAUGUUGGAUAUCAAAAAGGUGGAAUUGGCGGACAAAUCAAUGGAGGAACUGGUGGAUAUUUGAAAGACAUGAUGGAUUCUGGGUUAUAUCCAUCGGGAUUUGAAGGAUGGAACAGUUUUGGUUCUGGUUUAGGAAUGGGGAUGCAAGGUUUAGGAGGUUAUCCACAAUUUGGAAACAACGGUUUCGGGAAAAUGGGAGGUUCUUUUGGUACCAAAGGAUUAAAAAAAGGAGGCUAUUAGACGAAACCAAGAAUGCAUGAAGACACAUCAAAGUUGAAGAAAACCAAUUGUACGAUACCAUACUAAUUUAUUCGUGUUUAUUUUUUUUAUAAUAAAUGUACCAAUCUGU